AUGGCCAGCCUACAAGACAACUGCCUGAUACGCCGACUGCCAUCACAUAUCCUACAGCACGUCUUCUCAUUCCUCCCGCCGCCCACCUUGAAGAAGUGCCGCCUUCUGAGCCGCGAGGGUGAGUCGCUCGCGAACCGCUGGGCAUUUUUCCAUAUCCGACUCACUGCCGUCGGUUGCGACGCUCGACGGUUCAUUCGCGUCGCCUCGUCGCCGAAGCUUCGCAAAUGCGUGCGUGAAGUCACCUGCGACCUUUGGACAGGCCCGGGCUUUCAGUACAUGUAUGCCGGUGAUAGCAGCGAUAGAAUCCCCAAGCUUUUUCUCGAGGCACUCCCUCUCCUCCGCUUCUUUUCGCUGGUCCGCGUGGUGCAUCUGCGCUUCAAUGCGCCGUGCGAACCGACCCUCGACAAUGGCUACAUCCUUUACAGCAUCCCAGCCGAUGAGACACAGGAUCUGAGAUACAGGGUCAUGGACACAGUCUUUCGGUGCAUCGCGGGCACAUGGACCGCGGAGGAGCAGACGCGAAUCGACAAGAGUCUUUGUCUCGAGAUCGAUGCUUCCCGCGACGAUGCUGCUGACACGACUGAACCACAUGCAGUUCCAUGUCCGUGGCCUACGGACGAGAGCCUGCCCUCACUCCCUGUGACAGGUAUCACAGUUAGCAACCUUUCCAACAUUGAGGAUAAUCGCCUCACAACCAGUGAUGCCUUCAAUAGUGUUCUCAGUUCUGGUCGAAUAGUCGACCUUAGAAUCAGAAUCGACAAGGAAAGCGAGGUCGCCUGGCCCAAAAAUCCUCACGAGCGCGAUUUUCUGUCUAUCAUGUCCCGAGCGUGGUUGCUGCCGACCAUGGCAGAGAACCUGCGUGUGCUAUCUCUCUACGCCCCGGACCAAUGGACCUGGAAUCCUGAGGCGGAUUACCGCGACGCAAAGUUGCCUGCGGGCAGCUUUCCCAAUCUCAAAGUCCUGGCUUUGGGGCACUUUGCCUUCGGUCCCGAAUGGCAAGUUGACUGGGUUGCUAGCCUUGGACGAAAAAAUGGGAACGGGGGCUUAGAGGAGCUUUAUCUAGACAACUGUUCGGUCAUGGACUACACGGGCGACUACAAGGCCUCUGAGCCAACGGCGGCCGCCUUGGCCAGUAACACGGAACCACCCGACAUCUUUAGCUCGGGACAGUCGAUAGAGGAUUCAACGGCCACACAAAGGCAUGACUCUACCUCAACCCGUGCGUUCCGCCCUCUUCGUUGGCACAUGGUCCUUCGUCACUGGCAGGCGGAGAUGACUGCCCUGAAGGUCUUCAAAAUGGGCCGUGGUGCGCGAGACGAGGCUCUUGACCUCAUAGUGGCGGCGAACGUGGAAGAGAGGCCACCACCAGGCGCAGUGACAUACGGUUCGAUCGACGACUGGGAGGCGGCAACGCAGCCAUUUAGGGACAAUGAUUUCCGUUACUUCGACUGCCCAACACCACCCGAAGAGAUCAAAACGCUGGACUACGACACAAAGUGGCGAUUUGGUGCAGGCACGUAA